GCGCACUAGUUAAAUCUCUUUCAAGCGAUUCGGUCCAAGACGUGGCAACUCCAAGUUUGCAUGAAAAAGAUUGGAAAAAUAUUUCGAAAAGGCCAAUUGAAGAAUAAUUGAGACGAAUAUUGUUCCAACAAAAAUGUCUACAGACACAUGCGUUUGGAAUAAACUUUUUGAUGAUAAUGAAAGGACUGCUUUGCAAGACGGAUUUACUGCUGGGGGACUGAUAUCCGUCAUUUUAAGCGCCUGGCUGAAUCUGACGCUUCUUGUAUCCAAUCUACGACACGACCGCAGCUACAACAACUUGGCAAAUUUUACUCUGGCGGCUUGCAUCAGGCGCAUUGUGCCAGUCAUGGCUCAUUUGCCUUUCAUCAAAUAUAUUGAAAGUUUGUAUGGACUUCAGGAACAAUUCUGUGAAUUUUUCGCUUUCAUGGAGACCUUUUUGGCUGUUUUCGAAGUGGAAUGCCUCACGCACGUGUGUAUUGAGAGAUACGUACUUGCCAAGUACACUACUAACGGUUGGACAAUCAAAGACAACCACUAUACGUUUUUCCUGUAUUUGUGCGUAUUCUUUUCUGUACUUUACUCGUAUCCACCGCUGAUUGGACUUGGUCAUUAUGGAUUCGACUUUUCUUGUACUUCGUGUACCUUUGACAUGGUUCUACCAGACGUUGCAUGGCAGAGAUACGUUGUUGUCAUAAUAUUUGCUCUUAGAAGCAUCAAGCCUGUAAUUUUUAUGGUUAUGAUGUUAAUUUGGGCUCGUAUUUUGGAAACAAAAGAGAAUUCUAAUUUGGAGAUAACCCAUAGGAACUCAAGAUUUACUCGCAAUGUAAUUGCCGUGACAGUUGUAAACUUGGUUUGUUGGACACCAAUCGCGUUGAUAAGAGGAUGGGUGGUGUUUUCUUACUUGGUUUAUAUCGACCCUCUCGAUGUGAUUUCGGCUUUAUUUAUCAAAUGGGCGAUGUGGAUACAUUGGAUUUCACCCUCUAUGACCGUGGUAACAUUGUUGGUAGUCGACGAUCGUCUACGAAGUCACAUGAUUUACUUCUCCACAACUAACGAUAGCGACAAAGAAAAUAUCAAGGACGAAUAAAAUUAAUCACGCAUGACUGUACGCACACACAGGAAAACAAAAGAGUCAUAUCUUUAUUUUCUAAUGUUUCAAUAAUUUCGCAUUUUGAUAAAUUGUUAAUUUAAAAAUAACACACUGGGGCCUUUUUCUCUGUCACAGUGUAAACUCGUAUCAGGGCCGUGUUAUGUUAUUUACAUGAAAUUACUGCGGAAAUCAUCCAUAGAAUGCCAAAUCUAUUAUAUCAAUUUCGUUUGCCAUAAACGCAAUGAGGUGAAUUAUGUGCUUGUUAUGAACUAUCAAAAUACGUUCUGGCAUAUCAGGGGCCAGGAAUCUUAUUCUCUGACAGUGUAAAAUCGUAACGCGGCCAUGUUACGCUAUCUUCGUAAAAUUAUUGUUGACUAGUAUUCCGUGUGUUUCUUUAUAUUGUCUUAAGUAUAUCAGCAAACGUGACGCGGUGCGUUACGUGCUUGUUACGCGCUGUCAAAAAAUGUGUGGCAUAGAGAAUGAGGCCCCUGGAAUCAUAGUAAGUACCUACAUGUUGUUAAUACUAAAUGCCGAUGUAGAUGUAGCUGCUGGUUUCCUUUUAUUUCAAUGUUAAUGUCAUUUAACAUUCGAUCGAUGUUUGUUUAGACACGAGGCGGAGUUAGUUCACGGUUUUCCAUAGACAUAUACUAUAUUAUUUGUCCUGUUGUGUCUGUAUUU